AUGGGUGUAGAGGUAGGACAUGUAGAGUAUGCCGACCUGCAGGAGUGCAGAUCAGGCUUUGAUCCGAGGUUUGCCUCGGAUCAUGAAACCAGUACUUUGUUAAAGUUAUUUUUUUUUGCAUAUAAUCUAAUCAAUCUUGAAGCCAUCGAUGUACCGGAUCAGACACAGGCGGGUGAGAGCAUUGAGAUGACAUGUAGUUUUGAAUUAGACAAUGAAAAACUAUAUUCAGUUAAAUGGUACAAAAAUGAUGAGGAAUUUUAUCGUUACGUUCCGGCAGAUUUUCCUCCAGCUCAAUAUCUACCGAUGCCCGGCAUCCGAGUAGAUCUGUCCCGAUCUGGUCCACACACAGUCUUCUUGAAAAACAUUAACUUGAGUUCAGCCGGAAUUUACAGAUGCGAGGUGUCUGCCGAAGCUCCGGAAUUUACUACUAUUGAGGAAUUCAAAGAAAUGAAAGUAUUUGAAUGGUCGGACACACCAAUUGUUGUCGUCCAUUAUUAUCACCACUACUACUACUACUACUAUCUACCAGUGCUUCCGAGUGAAGGGCCAAAGAUUACCGGCAGUAAAGCCAAUUAUAAUGUGGGAAGUCUUGUUGAACUCAACUGUAUAUCAGCUAAAAGCAAACCCGCGGCACUAUUACGUUGGUACAUUAAUGAACAAUCGGCCGACAAUAAGUACGAGUUUGCCUCCAAUACUACCGUUCACUCCAAUGGUUUGGAGACAUCAACACUGGGACUCAGAUUUAUCGUAACUGAGGAGCAUUUUCAAUCAGGAAACAUGAAGUUAAAAUGCACCGCGACCAUCUCUAGGAUGUAUACCAUGUCUAAUGAAGAGCUGUUUGAUGGCAAUAGACAACAACAACAGUAUAGAGAAAAUAGUUACGAAAAAAAUUAUUAUCCACUAUUGAAUCAUCAAGCCACUUCUUCAUCGUCAUCGUUGUUGUUGUGGUCGCCGAUAGUUUUUACAGUAUAUCCGCAACUGUUAUGUACAACAAUAGCACUUCAAUUGCUUUUAUGGCGACAUUUGUAUUCAUAA